UUCAGAUGAGUACCAAGACGAUCUCUAACCCCAUCCCAACAACAAUCGCCUGCUAACCACACCAGGCUCCCUGGCCCCGCCUACUCUCAAGAUCAGCCACGCCCCUUGAAGGAUGAGUCGCGACGAGAUGCACUUCCAGGACCGUCUGCUGCUGCUGGCCCAAUGCACCAAUCCGCACCGGCCUUUCAACGUGAAGCGGAAGCCGGCAUUGGCCAAGCAAGCUUCCUCUGGUAAAGGCGGUAGUGUAGGGGGUGUCGGCGACAGGGGCCAGGGGGCGGUGCAGACGGUGCCCAAGUUGAGCGUCCAGGAUUUUGUCAGGAUGGACCCAAGUUACACACCAGACAUCGAGCACCUGGUGUUCCCGGUGUCUCGCAAACGCAACCCGCUACAACAAGUGGCUCCCGGUCCUACUCAGACAAGCCAGCAAUCGUCCAAGACACGUUCGCGAUUGGCCGAAAUGUUCGCUCUAAGCAGACACUUGCAGCAGCGCAGCGUUGAAAGGGAGCAGCAACAGCAGCAAGCGAAAGCAUCCACCAGGACAACGACUGGAAUCGUCAAUGUGAGUACUUGACCACACGAUAAACUUUCUUUCCAGUUAAAUCUCA